CGCACUCGGCUUCCAAAGCCCAGCAGAGGCCGGGCGGGCGGCGGGAACGUGUGGCGGGCAUGGCAUGUGCCACGGGGCCAGACCCGCCCGGGGACAGCAGUGGGGACGGUGGCGGGGAAGAGCGGCCCGCGUGGGACAACAGGCUACAGUACCUGCUGAGCUGCGUGGGCUUUGCCGUGGGCCUGGGCAACUUCUGGAGGUUCCCGUACCUGUGCCAGACCUACGGGGGAGAACGUCACGGGUGCUCGUGAACCCCUGCUCUGAGCUGACCCGACAGGCUGCACUCGGAGGGACCUUCCUCAUCCCCUACCUCAUUGCCCUGGUCUUCGAGGGCAUCCCGCUCUUCCACAUCGAGCUCGCCAUCGGCCAGCGCCUGCGCAGGGGCAGCAUCGGGGUGUGGAUGGCCAUCUCGCCCUACCUGGGCGGAGUAGGGCUGGGCUGCCUCACCGUGUCCUUCCUGGUCAGCCUGUACUACAACACCAUCCUGACGUGGGUGCUCUGGUACCUCCUCAACUCCUUCCAGCACCCGCUGCCCUGGAGCGCCUGCCCACUGGACCUCAAUCGCACAGGGUUGGUGGAGGAGUGCCGGGACAGCAGUGCCGUGAGCUACUUCUGGUACCGGCAGACGCUGAACAUCACGGCCGACAUCAGUGACAGUGGCUCCGUCCAGUGGCAGCUGCUGGUCUGCUUGGCGGCCUCCUGGGCAGUCCUGUACCUGUGCGUCAUCAGAGGCAUCGAGACCACCGGGAAGGCAAUUUAUUUCACAGCCUUGUUCCCGUACCUGGUCCUGACGAUCUUCCUCAUCAGGGGACUCACCCUGCCCGGGGCCACCCAAGGGCUGGUCUACCUGUUCACGCCCGACAUGCAGGUCCUCUGGAACCCCCGUGUGUGGCUGGACGCCGCCACCCAGAUAUUCUUCUCUCUGUCCCUGGCCUUCGGAGGACACAUCGCUUUUGCAAGUUACAACCCGCCAAGGAACAACUGUGAGAGGGACGCGGUGGCCAUCGCCCUGGUCAACAGCAUGACCUCCUUGUACGCGUCCAUUGCUGUCUUCUCCAUCCUGGGGUUCAAGGCUGUCAACGACCACGGGCGCUGCCUGGACGGAAACAUCCUCCGUCUCAUCAACGCCUUCGAUCUCCCAGACCAGAGCAUCUCCAGGGAUGACUACACGGCUGUCCUCGCCCGCCUGAACGUCUCCCGGCCUGAGUGGGUGGCUGGUCUCCACCUGGACGCCUGCCGCUUGGAGGACUUUCUGGAAAAGAGCGCCGCAGGCACGGGCCUGGCCUUCAUCGUCUUCGCUGAGGCCGUCCUCCACAUGCCCGGGGCACCCGGCUGGGCCGUGCUCUUCUUCGGGAUGCUGUUCACCCUGGGCCUGUCGUCCAUGUUUGGGAACAUGGAAAGUGUCAUCACACCGCUCCUGGACUUGGGGGUCAUGCCCAGAGGGGUCCCCAAGGAGCUCCUGACUGGGCUGGCCUGCCUGGUCUGCUUCCUCUCGGCCACCUGCUUCACACUGCAGUCUGGAAGCUACUGGCUCGAGAUUUUCGACCACUAUGCUGCGCCCUUGAACCUGAUCUUCUUUGCCUUCUUCGAAGUGGUCGGGGUCGUUUAUGUCUAUGGGAUGAAACGGUUCUGUGAUGAUAUCGCGUGGAUGACUGGGAGGCGGCCCGGCCUCUACUGGCAGGUGACUUGGAAGGUCGUCAGCCCCCUGCUGCUGCUGACCAUCUUUGUGGCCUACAUUUCCCUCCUGGCCAGCACGCCGCCGAGCUACAAGGCCUGGAACCCCCAAUACGAGCAGUUUCCCUCGCGGCAGGAGAAGCCCUACCCGGGCUGGGUGCAGGCCAUCUGCGUGCUCCUGUCCUUCCUGCCUGCACUGAGUGUCCCGGCGGUCACCCUGGUCCAGCUGCUCGCCCGGCGCCGACGGAAGCAGCAAGAUGUGCAGCAGGACAUGGGCCCAAAGCUGCAGGACGGCGGGGUCUGCUGAGGGUGGGGCUGGGGCAGCAGCGUGGGGGUCCAGCCUGUGGGCCUCGCAGCCCAACCCCAAUACACAGGUCCUCCCAGCGACUCCGAGACCCAUGGUCUUUGCUUCCGACACCACCUCAGCCUCCAGGCCACCUCAGGGUACAGACCAGCUCCGACAUCGCAGUCCAUGCCCUUCUCCAACCAGAAACAGCCCGCCGUGUGGCUCCUGGGCCCUGCAGUCUGGGGUCCUGCCUGGGGCAUCUGGGUGGUCUUGCACUUACCCGGCGAGUCCACAGGCAAAACUGCUGGGGUCCCAACGGUCAGGGUGGCGAUGUGGCCACUGGGAAGGCCCAGACACGCUCCUCCACUGAGGGCCUGUGAGUUUGGGAACCAGCAGGGCCGGUCUCUGAGGAAAAGCCGACAGCGUUCUCUCCCCUGAGCUGGGAAGGGAGGCUUGGCCCCCUAGAAGCCCAUUGCUCUACCCAGAGCCCUGGGGUCCUGAGGAGGGCAUGCCAUGACUGCCCACGCGAUGGGGAAGCUCACGGGAGAGGGGGUCUGUCUGGGACCGAGGCUUGGGUGCCCUGUACUCAGAGAAUUGCCACAGAGGCACAGACGCCCAGCUCCCAACUGGCCAGGGCACCACGGCCCAGAAAGCCGGGGGUGGGGGGUGGUCGGCUCUUCCCAGGUUUAGCUCAGAAACACAUCAUUUUUUUUUUUCCGAGAAUUCCUCAGGGUCAGUGUGUGUUAGGAAUGAAUAAAAGGGCCGAUUAUCACGCAGGUUUCCACUGUCUACAGAGGAAGGACAUCUCCCCUCACGGUCGGCCGGCCCUUCCCUGUGCUGAGCCCUCUGAGCAGCCCUCAGCCACGACCCGGCCUGUUCUGGGCCCUCGGAGUACCUCCAUAUGCCCCCGCCUGCUCCUCCCUCCCUCCCUCCUCUGUUCCUCCAUCCUUCCUCCCCUCUGCCCCUCCUCCAGCAGUCAGGUUCUAAGACGCCGGGUGCUGGACACCCAGGCCUGCCUGAGACUCGCCUCCGUGGUGACUGCUGUGUCCUUGGCGUCUUGCUGGGAACACGUCCCUCCGAGCAGCGUUAACAAGCCUCGGGCCGGCGGUCGCUGUCCGUGGUGCUGAAACACCGCAGCCCGCAGGGCACCAGGGCGGGUUUAACCGGCGGCGCCCAGGCAGCCAGAUCCCAGAGCAGACAGAGCGCGCGCUACCGCGUGCCUGAGGGGAGCUGCACAUUAAACUGCAGUCAACGCAAGAGCGCGCCGAAGAGAACUGGCAGUCUGCAUGGUGGUUUUAAAAACGAGAUAAAUCAGAAAGAAGUCUUACCCAGCUGAGACGGAGCAGAGCACACGCCUUCUCCAGAACCCUCCGGAAAGAUGAGAAUCACGUGGUCCACCAUGAAGAUCAUGGCCAGAGAAAUGCACUCAGGAGGAAUCCUACUGUCCCGGACCAGAGAACUGCCCUGUCCACUCUUGAGCGCCCAGGCAGCUUGGCCAACGCCAGCUGCAAGACGGCCUGGAUGUGCGAGCACCCCGAGCGCCGGGGGAGCAGGCCCUGCCCGGAGCAGGCAGAGCGAGCCAGGGAAGCAGGAAGGACCACCAGCAGGUUCCCAGUGUCCUGCUCCCUCCAGUCACGCAGCGGAGGGCAGACCCACCUUCCCUGCCCUGUUCACUGGCGCACCUGAGUUCCUGGCUUUCAAGAGGGAGUAGGCGCGGGAUGCGGUGUCGGAGACCACCCGGAGGAAGAACGCGGGAUUCCGCCUAACCGGCUGAUUAAAGGGCAGCUGCAGCACGCACGCGUGGAACCUAGGAGACGGCGCCGCUUCAGGGAGUGUCCAGUCGGAACACGCUGGCGUGCGGGUGCCGUGUGCACCUGGGCUCGUGCGUGCCUGUCAGGUGUUUGUGUCUACGUGCGGCAUGUGCACACAUGAGCAUGUGUGUGUGCACGUGUCUGCAGGUACCCACGUGACCAUGUGACAACCCUCUCGGGGGCCUGUGCCCUGUCUCACCCCCGGGGUCCUCUCUGCCAUAAGGUGCAGGUGUGGACCUGGCCGUCCGAUCUCACAAGAGCUCACCAGAACCCUGUGGAGUGGGGAGGAACCAUCCCCACCUACGAGAGAGGGGAGCCCGUUCUGGAAACUCGCGAACAUCGUGUGCCGGGGCCGGGGUCAGGCCACACUGCUGUCCUGGGAGGGGCUCGUCCUGCAGGCAGAGGACCCUCUCUGGGGGAGGGGUGGUGCUCCGUGUGGAGUAGGGAGGCCUCCACCAGCAGGGAUUUCCAUCUCCCCCGAGAGGAGCUGAGUUUGGUGGGUUCCAGUCUGCUGAGUGCCACGUGACCCCCAUGACCUCGCCUGCCCAGCUCUGGUGGGUGUGACUUGCAUGGUCCAGCUUUACACUCCCCACCCUGCCUUGGAGGCGCGGGGUUCCUGGGUCUGCCUGUGUGCGCACCACCCGCGUGUGGAAGCAGAUGACAUCCUUGAUGCAGCGGGUGGGGUGCUGGUGGCUCUGCACGGUCACUGUCCCGGGUGCACGUCACCACCUGGACAGAGGUGCACAGGGCCACCUGAGGGUGGCCUCCCCUGAGCUCAGGUGUCUACAAUGUUCCCUGGAGAGCAGGGGUCUGGGGCCAGCUCCCCACAGAGCACAGGGUCCAAGGUGGGGAUACAGAGUGAGACCGCGGGGAUCCUGGAGCAGGGUCCCCACCCUUGCUCUUCUCACACCCCCGGAGGUGUGCGGGUGCGCGGGGGUCACUGUGACCCGCGCCCUGCAGCUGGCAUGGCAGGGGCGUGAGCACCUGUCCCGAGGGGGCAGAGGCAGCUGGCAAAGAGCACAGGGGCGCCUUGGGAGGUGCAGGAGGGUGGUCAGGGCGCUGAGGGGCACCAAAGGCGCACGCACGGCCUCAUCACCAAAACAGAGCCCAGGCCCCUGAGUUAGAAGCGGUCUUCCUAGCGGGACUUUUCAGCAGGAACUCCCCCCCGAGCCCAUCCAGACCCUGCAACGACCGCACGGCCCUGGAUAACCGUCCCUCGCGGGCUCUCAGUGGUCGCCCAGCUCCCCAUUAGCCGGGAGACAGCUCUCCCCUCGCUCACUGUCCCCUCGCCCACAGCGCUGCCCCCUGAUGGGGCCGUGGGAAGUCAGCUGCCUCCCUGAGUUGCCCAGGCAGGGCUCCCCCCGAAACCACCGAGAGUGAGGCUGCGGGCAAGAGGACCGGUCAGUGAAGGACAGCGUCCGCCUUCCCGAGGUGGACAUGUGGGAACACAAGCGCCAAUGGCCCAUGAUCACCAGCCCAUCCCCUACUUCCCGGCCGGGGGCUGCAGAGCCCCCGGGGGGCAGGGAGCGUCCUGGAAGCAAGGCUGGGCUGGGCUGGCCUGGAGCUGCUCUUGAGGGUUUGGGGCCACGGCCCUCUGCUCUCCGGACCCACCCCUGCCCCGUGGCCGCCUUCCUCCAACUCUGCAGCCCCUCCCCUGCCCCUCUCACCACAGGGCAGCUAGCACAGGGGGACACGGGACACCCUGGCCACGCUGGCCUCCACCGCUGCCUGGUGCCGGGAGCAGCGCCUCCCGAGCAGACGGGGACACAGGCGGACAGGCGGUACCUGCUGCUCAGGUGGGUGCUGCGUCCGUCCUCACAGACCCAGAGAGCGCCCUCGCCCCGCCAGGGACCCACCUGUAUGCCUGCAGCAGGAAUAUCUUGUAAACGUUUGUGAAAACUGUCUGGAGACUGUUCACCUGGAGUCACGAGGAAAGAGAAACGCUGGCAAUACCCCUGGGACUUGAGUUUCUACCUUUUGCUUUAUUUCCCCGCACCGGCCACGGGGUCAGGACUCUGUGGGGCCGCCGGCAGGAUGAUGGGCGGGAAGGACAAGGAGGUGCGAGCCCAGCCCGGCCGGACCACAACCUCGGCCCGCACCCUGCGAGGAGCCAGGGCGCGGGGGCGCGGCGGCCACUCAGCGGGUGAGGGCAGGGGCCUCCACACACGCACGUGCACACGCACACGCACACCCAGGAUCUAAAAAGCACAGGGGCCCACGGGGGCCUGAUGCCAGAGCCCUCGCUCUGAAGCCCCGGCCGCCGGCCGCCGCCCGCAGCCCACGCACCUGCAGGUCCAGAAAGAGGCCGUGGCACUUCAGCCGCAAGACCGCGAAGAGUUUGCGGCGCAUGUUCCUUCCAGCCUUGAAGCCCUGGUUGAAGGAGGAGGUCGCCCCCAACAUCCUUGACGCAGGACCAAGCGACCGGCGCAGUCACAUGAUGGGCCCGAAGUGUCAAGGGAAGGGGCCUCGUCAGCCCCGCUGUGCCCGCGGGGUCCUGUGCCUCCCACCCCCGAGUGUGAUGUCACGUGACGCGGCCCACACCCCAGGACGGGCCCUCUCGCCCCAGCUUCCACACUCACACUUGAUGUACACUUCCCAUUCCCUUAGUCGCACUUUGAAAACAAUUUUAACGGCAGAUUGAGGUUUCCCCUUGGUGACACGGCACCCACUGAGCCUUUACCAAGGCCACUUCAUCUGCCCCCCAAGCACUUAAAGACGGUCAAAUAAAACCUCGGGUGACGUCUCUCAUUUCCAUUCUGGGGAAGAUUUCCAGAAAUGGAAUUAUUGGGAACCGUGUGAACAUUUUAGCCGUGCCCCCUGAAUUCACGUGUUGAAGCCCUGACCGCCAGGGCCGUUUGGGGACAAGUCCUUGAAGGCAGUGAGGAAGAUGAACUGAGACCAGGAAGGCGGGCCCUAACCCAGCGGGGCGGGGGCUGAAGAAGAGAGCGACACUGCCUGGACACAGGGACGACCAUGCGAGGCCUCGGGGGGGGGGGGGGGAGACGGGCCUGCAGCACCUGGACCUCAGCUUCCAGCUCUGGACCGAGGGGUCAGGCCCGUCUGUGGUACUUUGAUGGCAGCCUGAGCGGCAGAGGCUGGCACCCACGGCACCGCACACAGAGCAGGCCCCACAUGCUGCAGCCCUGCGCCCCGAUGGACCCAAGGCGACCGCAAACCCUGACGUCCAGGGAGACCAAGAUGUGUGCUAACGCAUGUGCCUGGCCCUAAAGAGACCUGCGUCUGGCAGGUCCCGAAAUCUCGUUAGAUCUGCACGCUUCCCUGCAGAACACGCCAGGGUCCCGGAAUCUGCUGCACGGUUGUUCUUUUACCAAAAACGGCCCAGAAAACUGUGCCCCCCGUGAGCACGUCCCCCCACCCCCCGGAUGGGGAGACGGCUCUCUGACCUCUGAUCUCUCCAGGUGGCAGCACCUUCACUCAGGAGAGGGCAGCCUGAGCGAGUUGCCGGCCAGCUCUCACCUGGAGUAGUCACUGCGCACCUCCAGGGUCUGGGUGUCCAGCAGCAAGCCGCACCAGGGGAACAGGCAGUGUGCCGGCAGCUGGAGGGGGGCCUGGCCGCCCAGGGCGCCGUCUUCCACGGGGAAGUUCACCACCGUCUUGCGCAGAAGUGCCCGUGGAGACACACGCAUGUGCAGACCCUUACCUGAGAAAAGCCUUCGCACGCGUCAGGUGGGGUGUGACCAGCAGGAAGUCGUCCACCAAGCGCAGGAGGACCCUGGACAAGGAGAGAAAAUGGAGAGCGCUGCCUUUUACACCCCGAGCACAACGUCCUCCUGGGGCGCUGAAGGUCGAAAACGUAACAUCUGAGUUCCCGCGGGCGUGAAUAAAGCGAUCUUCUCCCAAG